AACACUCCAGUGCUGAUCUGUUUCAGCAGCAUAGAGUGAAGACCACAGAGGAAAAGAAGUUAAAAUUCAGGGAGGAAGUUUCAGACCAAGACUAAAACAUCACAUUAAGAAAAAUCUUUUAAAGGCAGAUGAUAAAAGUGUAAAGAAAAUCCAGGUGAGAGGCAAGCAGAGAGAGGAUCUAUAAAGCCGGUUUAAAAUAAAGAAUGGGCUCCCUGGUGAGCAGUGCUUUUCUCUUCUCCCUGCUGGCUUUGCUUUUUGGAUGUUCUUCAGUCUUGGCCCAGAACCUGAGACAAAGAGAUGCACUAUGUAACACAGACGGCUGCUUUGUUGUCUAUUUUCAACGCAAAACCUUUUUGGAGUCAUGGAGGGCCUGCAAAGAAAAAGGUGGCAACCUGGCCACCAUCAAGCGGAAGGUGGACGCAACCGCUAUUGCCACUCUCUUUUCCACUGUGGAUCUGCGCCACUCGCGCACUACUGUCCACGUAUGGAUUGGCCUUCAGCGCCAGCCUCGCCAGUGCACUACCACGCACCCGCUGCGAGGUUUCUCUUGGACUACCGGUGACCAGGACACAGAGUAUACUGACUGGCAGAACCCGGACUCCCCUGACUCGUGUUCGGCGCCUCGCUGUGUGUUUAUGGGCUACAGCACUGAAGACCAGGAUGAUAAUUUUAAAUGGAUAGACAGUGCUUGUGCAGUCUCUGCAGAUGGGUAUCUGUGCCACUAUGCCUACGCAGGCAUGUGCCCUCCCCUGUGUAGCGAGGGAGAAGGCAAUGUUACCUACACCACACCGUUUAACCUUCUAAGCGUACUGCUGACUCAUGUACCCGUUGGAUCUGUUGCUACCGUACGCUGUCCUUCAGGCGCCAAAGAAGAAAAGACGGUUUCAUGUAUGACGAGAGAAGAUGGCUCAGUGGGAUGGACCAAAGAAACUCCUCUUUGUUCUCAUUUCUCUAUAUCACGCGACCUAUGUGACCAGGAUAAUGGUGGAUGUGAGCAUUUCUGCAUGCCAGCUGGUGGUCAUGUCUACUGUGAAUGUGCUGAUGGAUAUGCGCUUGCACCAGAUGAACGCACUUGCCUCGAUGUAGAUGAGUGCCUCGGAGGUCCUUGCGAGCAGAUCUGCGUGAACACCGUGGGGACAUUUGAAUGUCAGUGUCACGAGGGCUAUGAUAUAAACGAUGAGGGUGAGUGUGAGGAUAUUGACGAGUGUAUAAAUGACACAUGUGAACACGCUUGUGAGAACACCCCAGGCUCUCAUAUCUGCCACUGCAAUCUGGGCUAUUCCUUAGUUCCUGAGCAUCCCAGGCAAUGCCAGGAUAUCAACGAGUGCGAGAUUCCUGGAACAUGCGAGCAGAUGUGUGUGAAUUAUGAAGGUGGUUUUGAGUGCUAUUGUAGCGAAGGCUUUGAACUCAUGUCUGAUAACUAUUCAUGUGAGAAGAGAGAGGAAGGAGACGACCAAUAUGCCGUCACUCCUCCUUCUCUUUGGGUCACGGGCCAGGCUGGACCUCUGUGGGACUAUGACUGGCCUACACAGGAGGAGGAAUCUCUGGACUGGCUGACAGAGUCCACCAGAGUUUUGAAUUCGGAUGUAAUUUGGGCCACCAGUCCCCCACUGGUGCUGGUUCCCCUGACACAGGGAACUGAUAAAGAUGAAGAAGCUGUAGACAGAGCUGACUGGUCAAACGGUGAUCAGGGAUCUCAGUCUGAGCUGAAGGUUUUGUCAGCAACUACCUACAAUACUCCUCAUCUCCUUAGCUCCAGCGCUACCCCAGACCCAUAUAAGGAAGAUGAGAGUGAAGCUACUACAGCUCUUCCCUCAUACCCCACCUCAACAGUCUCAGAAGGAGCUUGGAGCUGGGGGGCGGAUCUUGUUACUUCAAGCGAGAUUCCACAGCGUUCUGUCACAGACAUGCCUGAAGAGUCCAGUUACCACAAAGAGCCAGAAGGAGAAACACAGAGGAAUCUCCUCAGGGAAAACUUUCAGUUCACAGAGGCGGAGUUAAGCAAAGAGGAAAUGACCUUUGUGGAAUUUACCCCCAGUCAAAACCUGGCCUUUCCCACCGGGCUGGCUUCUUCCCAGCCGCCCCCAACUGAGGACGAGGAAGGUGUCCAGACAAAGAGGAGCACUUGGCUCAUGGUGGGACUCUUCAUAGCCAUCUGCAUCUUCAUUGCGGUAAUGGUGGCGCUCGGUUUCGUCUACUGCAACCGCUAUAGAGUCACGGCACACGAUAAGAAUGCCGCUGACUGCUACCACUGGAUCUCGGGGUCUCAUGAGAAACAGGGAGCUCCUGACCCCUCAGCAGGGGUGCAGAGCUGUGUUUAAAACUGUGAUGACGUUUACAUAAACAAACCCUGUCUCAGAGGGAAAGAAUGGUGACGAAUGCAUCUGGUCCCUCUGACUCUGGACUACGGGACACAUUUAAAUAACUCCUGAAUCUAAACUCAUAAUGACAGGAGGGAAAGUACAGAGAAAGUCUUUUUGUGAAUAUGUUUUCUAUGUGGUACAGAAUAUACACAACUGCCAUUUUUACCUGUGUUUUAUAAGUGUGGUUGCCUCAGGCAGCAAUGAAUGAAGGGAAACUACAUAAAUGUCCAGAAGGAAACACAAUUUGCCCUUACAGAAAAAUGCUGAACAUAAGUUUGCUGUGUUGGAGCAGAAUUGUGGAGCUGCGAUUGAACAAAACCCUCUUUCAUGUUUGUUUCUUGUUACCAUUUUAAAAAUAUAAUGCUUGUAAUAGUUCAUUGAAAUAAUGUCACACUCCAUAAACCCUGUGAUUGUUACACA